AUGGACGGGAAGAUCGAUCUAUGGAGCGAGGGGAUGCUUGAUAGAUCACCCGGCGCACCUUAUCCUGUUGACCGAACAAGAAGACCUGAUAUCGACGCUCGUAACCAGCAGCCUUCCCCUUUCAUCCAAGAGCUGGAUGUUGCUGUGCUGACAGCCAAAAGAAUGAUCAAGGAGCAUCAGAGCGCACAAUGUCUGAUCGAACUCAAGACAAGACUUCAACACAUUGACGAGAAAAUACACGACAAGAUUCUUCGCUUCACACAGGGUGAGAUGGUAGAGGACAUGGAAGCUGGAGCAGCGUAUCUGCCAGAUGAUUGCGAAGAGACUCAGCGGGACUUGCCAUUGGGGAAGGCGAGCGGAUCUCAUGGAGCAUCGACGUCGAAAACAAGUACAGAGAGCAGAGGAGCAAAGAGUUGGGACGCGAAUGUUAUCAAACAAUUACAAGAGCUCGGGUUCGAUCAUAGCCAGGUUCUCAAUGCAUUGAAUGCUGCUGAUGGAAAUAUGGAACGAGCGGCCAACUAUCUUCUUGGAAUCCAUUAA